AUGAUCGGAAGAUGGUUCGUCGGAUUCGUCGUGUUCGUGGGCUACCUGAGCCUGGGCGCGUUCGUGUUCUACCGGAUCGAGCGCAAAGAGGAGGAGAAUCGACAUUACUUGGAGAUAUUGGAAAGGCUCGAGCUGAAAGGUGAGAGACCCCGUUAGGAUCAGGAUACCCGCGGUAACCUCAAUCGCUCAUCGGUCCGCCCCGGGGCGGGUUACGCUCCCGCGUCCCGUGAAACUUACACACCCCGUACAGCUACUCGAGUUCCCGAACCGGUUUCAUUCGCGUUUCCUUUUAAAAAUCCACUAACUACACACCUAUCGACUUUUCGUAAGUUAAUUUCCGAGAAUUGUUUUCAUUGAAAACUCCACACGGGAUAUAUACGUUUGAUCUCUGCACCAACACGGCCGCAUACGUCGGAUAUGCACGGUGUAGUGUUAUUGUAUGGACGUUGCCUACUCACAAGACAUUGUCCGAUAUAAUAUCGCACGUGAAAUAUCACACAUGCUUAUUUUUAUCGGACGCCAUAUAAUUAUUCGAUAAACUCGUCUCGGUCAUUAGCCCUGCACAGUAGUAACCAUUCGGCCGAUACCCUGUCUCGUGUCCUCUAAUUUGAGACCGUGGUUUCUCCGGGUAUACUGCACGGGCCACCUAAUUGCGAAUACCGGUGGCCGGCGGCCCGCGGGCCUAGCGAGCGAUGGCGAGACGAACGUUUAGAAUAUCACGGGCUGAUGGGCGUCGAUAUACGCGCGGAGACAAAUAAAUACGCGCGGGUGUUAUAUUAGCUGCACUAUCGGUAAUAGCGAUUCGGCCGCUGUUUGUCGGUUAACCGAUUUUAUCCUCGGUAUUAUUAUUUUUGAAAACGCUUAACGGUUAUCGCGUCUGAAUUUGAAGAAUUCGUCGAACGGCAUUUUGUGAACAACGAACCGCGCGUAGGUAUUUUAUUGCGACGAGACGGGGCUGCGCGAUUAGCGUCUCGCUCGCGCGUCGCCCGGCCGCCCGGAAUCCGACGGAAUCGUCUCGAUUUUCGUUAUUCAAAUGCAUUGUUUCGAAACGUGUUGAGAAUACGUGGAAAAACGUUCGAUACAAUAUUAUUGUUGUAUGGUAUUAUUUUACUACACAUGUACACGUAUUUCAUUGUUUGUUACCGCACGAGUCCGCCGCCGCCGCCGCCGCCGCCGACUGAUAAUGAUAGUAUUAAUAUUAUCACCGUAAUUACUGUACAAUAUAUGAAACCGGACGGUCACGGGUACAACGGUACGCGUGGCAGUUUGUUAUAAAACGCGAGUGUUUAUAGGUAGUGUUGAAAAAAAAAAAAAAUAGGAAAAAAAAGAAAACCGCAAUUUGUUUAGCGUUGACUGGUGCACCACCCGUGCGGAGUUUUUGCGGGUUACGAAAUCGUCGUGUACGUUGUAAAACGGGCGGCGCGCGUCGGUAUCGUUACGUGUUUUCGUGUUGUUUUAGCACUUUAGAGCGGAUCGCGCGCGCAUCUCUGUACAAUAGUUUUAUCGCGUUCGCGAUUACGUGUGUGGCAAUAAAAAUUCCCGAAUGGCGUAAAACGAGACAAAAAAUAACAAACACAAAUUAUCGCGCGGGUACGUGUCGCGUGUUUGAACCGUUCGGUCGGAGAAACGGAGGAUUAACGUUGCGUUAUGAAAAUGUGCAUACGAAAGACGGGCGAAAUAUUAUAAAUUUUACGGUAUUGACAAAUCCGCGGUUAAAUCACAGACGAAAAUCGCGAAAUUUCAAAGAUUAAAAAAGUAAAAAAAAAAACGUUUUAACGCUCCGGUACCCCGCUUUAACGCUUUCGCGUGAUAUCAAUAACAUUUUCGUAUCUAUAAAUCUCGAAAACUCCGUGUACGCGUUUAAUAAAUCACGUUUACACGUAUAUUCGAGCAUUUCACGUUAUUUUCGCAUACUGUCUGCAUGUAAACAACGUCAGAACGCACUGGACACGGAGAUAGUUGCUCGUGAUUCGCGUUUGUUCGGCGAGUGCACGUUUUUCAUUCGUGCGUACGCGCACUCGGCGUUGACGAGUGACGAAUUCGCGUUUUUACACGACACUUCUAUUACGGAUUGGAUAAAAGUCAAAUUCCGAAGAUAAAAAAAAAAAAAAAAAAACCGACCGCGCGCAAAUCGAGUUAACGGCCUCUGAAAACGUAUGUGCGAAAAUUCGAUUUCCACGGGUUUCUAACCGUCGUCGGUCUCAAGCCUUCGGGUUUCGCGGACCGUAUUCGACUACGCAAACUCGUACAGAAUACGUGCCGACCCCCGGGACCGGUUGCUAAAACCGGACGUCGGGCAUCUCUUGUUUUUUUUUUUUUUUCCUUUUCCCGACGAAUUUUAUUACGUCCGCGAACGUAUUCCCGCGAAAAUAACCGAACGUCGACCGAUGGCGGCGGAGACGCGACAAUAAUGUAAUACGCUUUUAACGAAGUCGAUUACUGCUGAUAUUAUAAUAGGUACCUACACGGCGGCGUCCGUGCCAAUUAAAAACAAAUACGCGGUCCGCAAUAAUAACGCGCUCAAUUACACAUGCAGAGGAAAAAAAAAAAUAAAUAAUAAAAAAAAUUCGCCGACGACGGUCGUCUACGAGAUGUGCCGCGGCGACUUCGGUACGUUUUUUUUUUUUUUUAGUAUUUUUUCACGAUUUAAAUCGACGUAAAUUACGAUAUUAAACAACGUAAUAAAAAAAAAAAAAUAAUAAUAAUAAUAAAGCCCCAUAUUAAAUAAUAGCCACCUCGCGUUUAUUACUAUUACAAACGAACGUCGAACGUUACAACGUUACAAAACCAACGCGUAGGGUAAUGAAAAAAUGGAAAAAAAAAAAAAACCUGCGAAAUAUAAUUAUUAUAAAAACGUUUAAUGUCGUCGCGGAUAGUUGACGACCCGGUAAUGCAAUAUUUGUCUCGUAUCUUGCAUUAUAUUAUUGUACACCGCGCGUGACAUCACGGACUAGUGUGACUGCGUAAUAUGAACGCUGACGGUCGAAAUUUUGUCGACGAAAAGACAAAAAAAAAAAAAAAACACGUUUAUAGACGCGAACCAAGGUAUCAAAUUAUUAUUAUGAGGCUUUUCGGCGCUUUUCGCGCGUUAACUGUGCGAAGACAGUCCGCGAGAUAUCAGAAAUCCGACUUGGAAAAACUUGUAAUUUGUGCAGUAGUAUUUCGCGCGUACAAAUACGGGUAUCGUUUUAAAAUGAAUUUUUAAUACGCAUUCGAGUAGAUCGCUUAUAUAUUUUAAAUUUGAGUUGGCACAUGAAUUAUUAUUUAUAAAUACUCUCGCAUACUUUCUUUCUUUUUUUUUUUUUUCUACACUUGUUAGGAAAGCCGUUAAUGUUCGGGGUUUUUGAUUUUCAUUUGAACUGACGCCAUGAUUCGUACAAUACUGGAUUAAUAUACCGCGGAUGUACAAGUUAAAAAUUAUUUUACUUCGUGUAACGUUACACUCAUUUGUAAUGCCUAUUGAGAACAGUUUUAAAAAAUGCAAAAAACUAAUUCAAAACAAGUAUUCAAACAUGCAAGUACAAGUACAAAUUACAAUGCCGAGUGUAAUUUUCGUGUAGUAGAAGCAUACCUACACAAAAUACGUAUUUUUUUCGUGAAAAAUGUCCAAUCCGAUCGACGUCUGUCUUCGGCGCUCGUUAACGAUCUAAAAAUAAACAUUUUGUAGACUUUUCGUCCACGGUUCAGCGCUGUGUCGCGAGUCAUAAACGAUAUUAUUACACGCAUCAAACGGGCACGCUCAAAUCAUUCCACCGAACUCUGGGAGUGAUGCAAUACCCAAUAUAUUAUAUUAUAUUGAUUAUAGAUUAUACGAAAUCCUUUUUUUUUUUUUUUUAUCUAUGACAUUAAACAAAAACGAUCCGUGCAUAAUAAAUAACUUGUAAUAGAUUAUAUAGAACGAGCAUAGAGAAUCUCGAACGAAGAAUAAAAUAUUAACGUGUUAAAUUUGAAUACGUUAUUUAAAAAAAAAAAAAAAACCAUACGCUCCCAGUAUAUUAUUUACGUUUUUUUUUUCAAAGUAAUAAGUUAUAGGACUUUAAACAAAAAUAAUGCGAAUGUACUUACAAAAAGAAAAAAAAAAUAGAAAAAUGCACUAAGAAAACGAUCUUUCAACAGAGAAUUAACCAGACAAAUGUGAAAAAUGUGAAGUUAAAUUCGUACCGUCGGAUUGUGCGCGACAACAGUCAAAAGACGACCCUAAUAAAAUAUUAUAAGCGUUAGAAAAUAAAAAAAAAAAUGAGAAUGCGUCGAAAACCGUAUUGUUUUCUGCGGGCGGGUGUACGAUAGCAACAGGUGGCGUAGUAUUUCGCGACGGGAGUCACCUGUUGCACGACAUUUGUGGAAAACGAAAAGAUUUACGAUAAUCGAUGCUUCACCGGGGUAUAACAUGAUUCUGGUCGGCCCUUAUCAGCACACGGAAUCGUGCACGUUUUAAGGCACGCGAUUCCGUACGUUUUGUACCUAAGAUGUCAGUGAAAUGCUGCCAGAUUUGCAUAAGGUUACGUGGGUAUUUAACUAUUCGACUUGGUUUAUAGCGGUUUGCGUAGGGUAUUCGUCUAUUAUAGACUAUAUAGUAACAUUUAAACAACAUACAACAGCGAUACAAUAGUUAUGUAUCAGAUAAGUUUUUGUUGUAUUUAAUUAUGUGUCAACAUAUUAUAUUCAGCUCUAUACAAUUAAUUGUUUACAAAAUGACUUACCCGUGGUGUAUUUUUUCUUGCGUGAAAAAUCCAAACAAACCUGCAUUUACAUAUUAUCAUUAUUUCUCCAGGAGUUAGAUGAAAAAUGAAUUUUAUUUUAUAGCAGUUUGUAAUUAGUAAAAACAUUGUUGUACAAUAUUUUAUACUGUUCAAUUCAAUUGACAAAAUUUAACUUUGACUUUUUCAAGUUUAUCAACAUUUUUUUCAACGUAUUAUAUUAUUUAAGAAAAUUAAACGAGAAUCAACAAUAAUAAAUAAUAAACGGCAAUAUUGCUCAAAAAAAAAUUCCGUACGGAAUCGUGUUGUUUUUUGAGUCAUUUUAACAAACUAUUGUUUGAUCAAAAUCAAACGGAAUCGUGUCCCCAAAAAGGUAAAACGUGCAAAAUCGUGCUUUACCGGCUACACCGAGAAAUCGGGGGGUCGUUCUUGUGACGUACACUCCCGUUUUGCCGACACAUAAAUCGGUUACAUUAUCAAUUUGGUUAAAAAAAGAUUGCCAGCAAAGUGGGAAGACUCGAAGUCGCAAGCCCGGGAAUCGGACCACAGUGAACCCUUUACCAAACGUUGGAUUAGAUCACUAAAAUUUUACAUUUAUAGUGGCCGGUUUAUUUGGCCAUUAUUUUAAACGUUUUUUUUCUGUGUCUGUGGAUCCAAUUCCUAAAUCUCGUGCGAGUUGCAGCCCAGGUAUAUGAGAGAGAUGUAUGAAUUACGGCCGCAUAAUAAUUACCACAUCAUAUCAGCCUAUUAACGUUAUUCUGCAAAAAAGAGCUAUUCUUGUUCAUAUGUUUUGAAUCCACUGCUUUUGAAUUUUGUAUAAGUCUCAGAUUGGAUUCAACAAAAUCGCCACGAAGUGGCAAACGUUACUGUAUUAAGAUGGUUUGUAUAAAACGACAUGUUUAGUAUUAUUGAUCGUCCGUUGUUAUAUUUUAAUUUUGAUACCAAUUUCGAUGUGGUACAUUUGUGCAUAUUUUUUAUAAAUAACAAAAUACAAUAAAACUAGGUAUAUCAGCGAAAAAUUGUCUAGAUAAAAACGGUCCCUCGGGCCAUAACUGUCUUAUAGCCAAAAAAAUCUAUCAACAAAUUAACACGUUUUAUUCGAAAAACAAUUACCGUUAAAACCCUGUAGGCACUGUAAUACUAAUAAAUGCUAUUCGUACGCAUAUUUUCGCGUUACGUAUACAUGCGGCCCGAUCCCCGGGGAGCCCGUUAAAAAUAUACACGGCGCGCGUGGCCCAAUCACCGACCGCCCGAAUAGUCGAAUAAAAUACGUGUUAAAAAUCGACCAUAAAUCGCGCGGUCGAAAUCUACUCGACGACGCUGUGCGUAACGAACACCCGCCGUACCGACGGCCAAUGACGAGAACAAUAAUGACCGAUAAGCUCAAACGAGUGAACGGGGGAGACGCGUUAAAAAACAUCCGGUACUCGGGGCAUUCGUCGAUAUCGUAACCGCACUACAAACCGACGACGAGUCGCCACUAUCCGUUUUCUGAAUUUCUCGUUUCCAUAUUCCGUAUUAACGAGCCUACGUUUUACGUAUGCCGUUGAGCCCGCAUUAAUUGACGGCAUCCGGUACGGGCGUCAAUAUACGUUCAUUUUUUUUUUUCCAACUCUCUUCAUCGUAAACCAAUAUCACGCGGCAACAAUAAUUUCGGUGAACAACGUGUGUGCUUAUUAUUAUUUGUUUUUUUUUUUUUUUUUUUUUCAUCAAAACGCGAUCAUUUCACGAUGUUCCGGUCUAGAACUGCAUCGCAGGUUAGGAUUACACAGACUACAAAGGAAAAUCAAAAAAAAAAAAAAUAAUAAUAAUAACGUACGCGUAUGAUUCGCAACUGUAGCCGUUGUACUUGCACAAAGACGGGGAGGCGAGAAGAUUGAAUACAGGAGUAAGAUUGCAAACGAAAAAACGAUUCGAGUACAGUACAUAAACAGUAUAUAAACACGUUUAUACAUUUCGUUAUUUUCAAUGUUGUAAUUUUUUGGUUUUUAGAUUUUGAGCGAAUCUAAUAUUGUGUUAGUUUAACUGCGAUGCGUUGAUGCGUACUUUUUCUGUCCGACGAAUCAAAACGAUUUUCGACCAGAUAUCCUAUUCCGAUUAUCAAUAUCAGAUGCGUUUUCUGGUAGGCAUUAAUAAAUUAUACCCACAACAGUGGCUGCGCCCGUCUCUAUUAUCCUAGGACACCAGAUUUUUUUUUUUUUUAUCUUUCGACAUUUCACCAUCGAUAUUUUAACAAUAUUUAAUAUUGCAUAUUCGUUUUGUAUAACACGGGAAACGGUAAUACGUUCGAAUAUUCCGUCCCGUUGGCGCGUGCCGUCGUCACAGAUGUUUGUCGAUAUCGCUGCUGCUAUUGCAGCGAUUGGAACACAUCCCUACAAUUAGUAUUAGAGUUAUUUUAAAUACCAACGCGUUUAUAAUAAUAUUUUGUUCGACGCGUGUAAUAAUCACCGUGUUAUCAUUUAUUGUAAUCGUGAUUGUAAUUGCCCUUUAUAUAAAUAUGUAUACAAUUGGCAUAUGCGUUGUAAUUUUAAUUGUUGUCGGUCGGGUUACGUACUUAAACGCAAACAGAUAACCAAUAACGAGUUAUUAUUGCGAAAAAGGGGACGGAUUCAAUAUAAUCUUAAAUUCCGAGAUCAACAACUGUGCCAGAUACAUAUUAUACGAGUAUAAAAAAACUCUCCGCAAAACUGUUUUUAAGGAGUAUUCUUUUAAAUUAAUCUGAAAUUUGUUUAAUGCAUUCAAUUCGAUGCAUUCAAAUUUAAUUUUUAAAAUUCUUUUGAAUCGAUUCGUAAUAAAACCGUCGGAUUAACGUCGAAAAUGCAGACGAAUCACUUGAUUUCUAUGAUAUAAUCGAACAGAACAGUCGUGUAGUAUACCCGUAUAAGUCAAUCCGGAUUAAUUUACUCCUAUUUAUUUGAUCGGUUUAAACGUGAUAAAAUCUCCCGAAAACAUAGAUAAAAUCCGAUCAGUUUUCAAGUGAGUAUUAUUAUGUUUUAAAUUCAUCUGAAAGUUGAAACAUUAAUAACCCAUACCGGAAAAGUACACUUACUUUUCCCGAGGCGAUCAGGAAAGAAUAAAAGGCCGAAAAAAAGCGAUCCUGGUAUUAUUCCAACGUUGAACAAUUGAAACCAGUAAAAGGUUAGUUUAGGACGGUUAGGUUAACGAAUCUUAAGAGAUCAAGAGCUUUCUUUCGUCAUAGAGAGUUGUCGCAAUAGAGAGAGAGAAGAAAACGUAUGGGUUUCAAUGUAAACCAAUCAACGUAAUUAAGUAAUUUUUACGUUACAUAGAGUUUUUCGAUAGGCAAAGUUUCGUUAUUAAGAGUUUUCACUGCAUAAAUAGUUGGUAUUUUUAUAUGUCGAGGUUAUAACACCCUCUAAUACCGCGCGCUUGUCAACGUAUAUUGUAAUCCUUAAAACCUUAAUCCGUGGUGUAAUACCUGUGUACACAUAUGACGAGUAUAACAGAUAUGACGGCGAUUAAGAUAACAAUAUCACAAAAUCCUUCUGUAUAAUUAACUACACUUGAUUGUACUUAUUACUAGAUUUAAUUUAUUAAUUCGGAUUUAGCAGUCGGGUGUAACGUGUACACGUAGAUACGUCGAGAUUGUAUUUAUUUAUUUUUUUUUUUUUUUUGUUUCACUGUACGCGUAUGUCUCUAUAACCAACAGGCGAUAAUAAUGUUUACUUAACAAACCGUGAAGCUGGGGCGGCGGCGGUCUUUGUGCGACAACGGCAAUUUACUAAUGUUUUUUUUUUUUUGUAUUCUUUUUCUUGCGCCCCAUUCGAAUAAAUAUAAUUUUUCGCGUUGGAAAGUAUAAAAAUGUGUAUUAUUACUUAUAUAUAUAUAUAUACAUAUAACUACAGUGAUUAUGUCUAAUACACGUGUCGGUUUCGCAAUAUUUUCGCGACGGCGGCGACGGCGUCUUGUCUGCUUGUAGUCCGAGGCGUUUGACUGUUGCUAUUACCGUUACAACAACACGUUGCAUAUAAUACAAUAAAAAUAAUAAUAUUAUACACGUAUCUAUAUAUAUAUAUAUAUAAAAAAAUUUACACCGCCGACGAAAAUCGAAAUCCCAAGGUGAAUGCGAUUAUUUAUUUUUACGUUUUCACACAAUAUAAUAACGUACAACUCGCGUUAUAUUGCGUGCAACGCGCGUGCGCGUGAGCAUAGGGAAAACGUAUUGAAAAUUUCGCCCGUAUAAUGAUAUUAUACGAAUGUCGUACACAUGACCACGGAUAAUAACAAACAAUAAAUAAUGUCCGCGCGCGCCUACCGCCGAAAAAACCGCUCGCUCCCAAGGACGCGCGAUUUCGUAACGAGAAACGUGCCCGCGGGGGGGAAAAUGACCAAAAGGAAUAUGCUGUUGGCCGCGUGCGCGUAACGCGUCCGGACGUAUCUGCGCGGACGUUGCGCGUCGGCAUCUCGGGUUCCGCACCGCGCGGGUUACACGGACGUGUCGGCGCUGAACUCGCCGGUUUCCGAAAAUACGCGAUUGCGUACGGGAAACGGACGCGCCCUGUGUAUUCGGUACGUGCGUGCAGAGUCCGGGAGACCGCCGGUGAUCGGUGUGCAAUAGUGCGUACGUGCGAUAUCGUGUUGUUACAACGAUAGUUGUAAAAAAAAAUAAAAAAAAAAAAAUAAAAUUUCUACAAAACUCCGGUUGCGGUUUUCCUUUUCGCGAGAACGUUCUAGAAAAUUGCCGCGUGACCGCGAUGUGUGUGAUGACGUCGACGCGAAAUAGACGGGGGGAAAAAAAAAAAUUAAACCACACGUGUUGCGAUCAGACUUUCGAACGUUCGUGAGCGGGCGAAUAAUAGGGAGGGAAACCAUAGAGAAUUUCGUAGAUAACGAGCGAGGCACAUUGAACAACUGACCAAUACCAAAAUUAUAUCAUAAUGCGUAAUUCUAACAAAUUAUAUCACGCGUCUGUAUUGUAGAAAACGCUCAACGUAUUUAUGCGUUCGGCGAAAAUGCCAAGUCUCUCGAACCCGACCAAACCUACCGACCAGAUGAAACUAUUCCGAAAUUUACUAGUUAUUGGAUUGAAAGAAAGAGGAGAAAUUCUGGAAAAAUUCUCCGGACAGUCGGGGAGAAGCGAGCAUUGCUAUUUACCAUUUGAUCGUGAUGCGGAAAUCGUAUAGGACGCAUAAUAAGACAAAACCCCUUCAUAACCGACGUAACGGAAGGAAGAAUCAAUGGACGCAAAGGAAGUAGUAGGACAGACUAUUUAAUUGAUCGAUUCGCAACGGGUAUUCGCAUAAUGUGAAGACUGGCAUUAAGAGGUGAGAAGAGUGGGAGUCGAUUUUCGCUACGAGAAGACUUUAUAGCAAAAGAAGAAGUCAUAGUUUUUAUUUAGGUUUUGGGAAAAAUACAAAGAAUUUCGGAAAAUCUCCACCGUAUAAAUCUAUGCAUUUAGGUAUAAAUUUACAAAUUCUACAGAGGUCGAACACUCGUUCGCAAACUGAAGAAAAAAAACGUACAAUGGUAUAGAUUAUUAAUCUUCGCCCAGAAACUCAAUACAAUAUUAUAUUGUACCCGAACCCAAUCGAGUCGAAAUCGUGAUUCGCAGCUGGAAAUAUCAUAAGUGUUCACAGUUUUAUUUCGGAUUCCAAACAAAACCUGUCACCGAACAAUAUAAAAAUAUCGGCCAAGGUCACCGUCCUAAUUCUAUAUCUUCGAAAAAUGUUUCGAUAUGACUGGAUUUUAUUUAUUAUUUUUUUUUUUUCUACAACGAAAGUUAUAGAAAAACAUAUGCAAAAUAAUAAUUGAUCUAAUUUUAUCGAACCAACGUCAGUGGUGUUUUCUUAAUGGUUUUGCUCGGAUGUCAUUAUUUACGGCCGGCGUUUAGUUAUUAUUUAGGAACCGAGAUCAUCGGACAGACAUAAAAUGUACGCACUACGCGUAAAAUACGUUCGUAUACAAACAAAAAAGUAAUAAUAAUAAAAAAAAUUACGUAAUCAAAUCAUUAUUUUUCCAACAUCACCUGCUUAUUCGUUUUAUUUUGAUAAUUAACACGAUAAAUCGAGUUUUCUUAUCUGCUUAAUACGCGUGUAUUAUCAUAAUACUAUUAUAUAGUUUAUUUGAACGAAAACAAUAAUAAUAAUUGCCUACAACCUACCGAUAUUUGGUUAGGAAUAUAGUGCAACCGGUUCACAACGUAUUACACAAUGGACUUACCGUGACGUAUUAUAAUAAUUAUAGUCACACGUUUUAACGGGAAAAAAAAAAAAAAAUAAUAAUCAAUAAACACAUUAUCACUUAUAAUUCACAUUUUCAAACGUCAUUUAUCGGUUUUAGAUUCUAAACGGGGGUAUGAACGUAUUGGUUUGACAAUGAUGUUUAUUUUUUUUUCUUCUAUGAACAACUUUUCUACCAGAAAUUUCUCUCCGUUUUUCAUGUGUAGUACUUUUUCCGAAAGGAAAUCCGACCGCGGUGGUACUUUAGAAAAGUUGAUUAUUUAUUUUCUCAAAAUUUUUCAUUAUAAAUAAAUAGAAAUGUAGGAUAAAAACAAAUCGUAAAUAUUACAGCCUUCCCAAACAUGUACAACCGAACUUCGCUCAGAAUCGUUUUUCAUUAGCAAUGGUUUAUCGUUACUUAUAGCAGAUAUACAUUAAAUUUACUCUCUACCUUCCCAAAUCAUUUACAACAGUGGCCCACCCUUCGCGCGAAGUGUGUCCAUUUGAUUUUUAGCAUGCGUUUAUCCCCCCUUGGUUUUUUUGUUUAUUCCAUGUCUGGGGCACACUAUAUGCGGUUAUGCAUUCGGAUAACAAUGGAAUAAACCGUGUCUCAAUGAUAAUUGUUUAAAACGGUAUGGCAGUCCUGUCGGGGGAUCCGGGGUUUUUUUCAAAUACUACGAUUUUUUCAUUUAAAUUUUUAUAGUAGGAAAUGAAUUUCAUUUAAUUUAUUAUUAUUUUAAAGAUUUUAAUUUCAAGAAAUAAGAAUAGUUUCCACUUUUAAUUGACUUAAUUUACUCACAUUAUAUACUUAUUUGUUUAUGAAAAUUAAGUAUCUACACAAGUGUGAAUAGUGACUAAUGAAUAACUCACGAACAACUUUAAUAUCAAAUAUUUUUAUAUUUAUAUUUAUUUGCAAAGAAAAUUAAGAGGCACGAGUUUCUUUUUUGUAGCAGGAACGAAAAACGGGAAUAAAUUUAUUUUUAAAAAAAACAUUGCAUACACUGUCAAAAACGUAAUGAAUUUAAAACAAAAUUAUUAGAAAUAUAUUAUUUCAAAUUACUUUUCUAAUGGAGGAAAUAUGAUCACAGAUAUAUUACGGCCAUAUUUGUCUUUGGCCAUUUCGGUGUAUUGUUAUUUUUUCCGUGGACAUUUUUGAUUUGGCCAUUAUUACCUAGACUCAAAUUGAAAAUAUAAUUUAUUGACCGAGAGUUUGAUUUUAUUUUUUCCAGACAUACUUACCAAAUACUAUUCCCAAGUCAACUCUCACAUACGCAAGCAGUUUAUUCAACAGUUGAACACGUAUUGCAACAAAACCAUUUUGUUAGAAGAAACGGGCGACGAAGAGGAACACCAGUACCAAUGGACCUAUUACAACGCUUUCUUUUUCGCCCUGACGACCCUGAGCACAAUCGGUGAGAAAUCAAUCGACAGACCAAUAACUGUGUGUGUGAAUUUUAGCUAUUUUCUUUAAAAAUACGGUUUAUUUAGUCUUCGGUAUAUUAUGCGUUUUUUUUUUUCCAAAAUCUAAUUGGCAAUUCAAUUAUAUAUGAAAAAAAAAAAAAAAAAACUAAUAAUAUUCUAAAACUUAUACGUCUCGCAGAAUAAUCACGAAUCCACGCUGGUUUCGAAUAACGAGGUGGUUUCGGGAAUGUGGACCGAGUCCUGCGUCUUGCAGAGAUAUCGGGAUAUUUCUCUCGGACGUAAAUUAAUAAUUACACAAAUUUUGAUUCUUGACAUUAUAACCGUUAUAUGUACUAUAAUAAAGACAUCGCAUUGUUUUCGCACUGCUGAAUGUUUUGGGAAAUUGUUUUAGGUUACGGAAACUUGCAUCCAACCUCGGCUACUGGACGCAUACUGGUGCUGGUUUACUCGCUAAUUGGCAUUCCGCUCAACGGAAUCGUGUUGACACAACUCGGAAGCUUUUUCGAGUCAAGAGUAAGUAAACCAAUAUGAUAGUAUAAUUUUCAAUGCAUUCAAUUACUGCCCGACCGAUAUGCAGGGAUGGAAGAUCAGGUGUUAUAUCCCAACCACUUUCUAAUCGCAUUAAAAAUAGAAUUAUCUGUGAAUAUCCGUUUGGUUAUUUAAUCUUGAAACUUUACGUUUCAACCAGGCUACAAAAGGAAAAAAUAUUUGACUUAAAAUUCUCAGAUAAUUAAUUACGACAAAAACAUCGAUUCUGCGAUUUAUCCAUGAGUAGUGAGUACGGAUUUUAAAGCAAUAAAAACCUAAAGAAAAGCCCCCCCAAAAAAAAAAAGCAAAACAACUUUAUAAAUAUUAUAAAAAAACUUAAAAAGGGCAUUAAAAAACAUGUUUUUGGAUAAUGGAGACGGGUGAAGCCUCUGUUAUAGGUAAUUUAAUGUAUAUCUGUAAGCAACGAAAAUUGCAUUGCUAACGAAAAAAUGAUUCUGAGCGCUGUUUAGUUGAUAGCGAUUCUUUGUCAACAAUAUAUAUGUUAUAUUAUCAUAAAAUAAUUAAAUAGGCUUUUAUAUUUUCUUUAAUAAUAUUCGUUUAUUGUUUAACUGAUUUCCCCCAGUUGUUCUACGUUUUUCUCGGUUUUCCCAUGUAUUAUGCCGGUUUCUCAAAUUUGAAGAGAAAACUCUUGAGAAAAUCGAAAAAUUACCUCUUCGUAAAACCAUAGCUCUUUUUCGCUCCACUCAAAAUUUAAAAUGGGUGUUUUUUAAAAAAAAUAAGCCAUAUUUUUGUGUUCAUUUGUCGUUCUAAGAUAAAUUAAUUAAAAAUUAAUCUACUAUAUACCAUACGGUACGCGAAUCACAUUAUCUAAAUUGCAUCAAUAAAUAUAUCAAUAAUAAGAUAAACUCGAUUGAACUAGGUAUGACCUUGGAACACAUAGUAUAAUAUAAAAAUAAAUAUUAACAUUUCAAAUACGUUUCUUUAGAACACAUUUUGAAAAAAUGUAAUUUUAAAGCAAAAAAAAGUACCUAAAAUACCCGAAAAAGCGCAUUAAUAUACAAAUAUACAAAAAACGUAAAAAAUAACAAAAAAAUACAAAAUAAAAUGUCGUGCAUUUUAUUCAAUGUAGCGUGAAUCGAAUUUGUAGCCGACAUAUUUUCGUUUUAAAGCUAUUGAGAACGUCCGACCUAUUUUUUAGCGUACAAUCGAGAACGUUCGACACGGAACAACAAAAUUGCCUCGACUCAGAAAAAAAAAUAAAAAAAAAAAAAACAGUGCUCUUGAAAACGAAAUUAUGUGCAACGUUGACGAACUGAAUUCAAGUGGAUAAAUAAACUAUGAUAAACUUAGCGAAAUUUACGACAAAACGGUAUUUGUGGGAAUUAAAAACAAAUAAAUUUCCACUGCGUUCAGAGGAUAUAAGUCUUGGUUGUUUUCCUUUUAUUGUUAAAGCAUUAACGUAAAACGUUUCGCACAUCGACACUUAAAACGGGGAAAAAAAAAAACACGUAAUGAACAAUAAUGCACUAAUGCGUAUAUUUUGAUUGUCCGUCGCGAACAAUUCGUUAUCGUUGUAUUUACAUAGGUUAUCAUUAUUAUUGACGGAUUCGGUAAUAAUGCCGUCCCGAACGAAAAAAAAAAAUAGGUUAUCGUUAAACCCGAAUCGCGACACAAUGAAUACGCGUAUAUUUUCGCUCGGUUGAAUUUUCAAAUUGCCGCGCGUUCGGCGACGUCGCGUGCAAUCGUAAAAGCCGAGCGUUCUACUCAAUCGCAUUCCCGCCAUUCCGAAAUCCGUACGCCGGCGAUUGGUGAGUGCCGUUCGUUCCCGUCGCGGACCCUCGGGCGCGUCACUUCGGACGCCCGCGAUUCGCGAUCCGUUCGAUGACGGCACCGUUUUGACGAGCGAACGGUUUUUCGACGGCCUUCCGCGCGGAAAUCCCGGAUAAUUACGAGCGCGGGGAAAACGAAGGUCAGGUACGCGAUAACGGGUGUCCCGUGUCCGAGAACCGGUCGUCCCGGGGAUACGCGUCGUCAUCGUCCGUUGCGCGUCGCGACCGCCGGGUUUUCGAUCGGUUCCCGAUUCACCGCUCGCCGGACAACGCGACGGCGGCCGCAGUGUGACAUCUCGCCGGGCGUCGCAACACUCGCCUCCCCGCGCUAUUACGGCCGGCGCGCCGUCCGUGGCCGCGGUCCGGGCGAACGGCGGUCCGUCGUUAAAAUGCAAUCAAUGCGAAAUCGGCGGCCGUCCGAUUGGAAAGUCGCCGGCGCAAUACCGCGGCGUCCGCUCCCCGCGACCGGUGCGGCCGGUAAAGCGAUCGGUUUUCCGAAUUACACUUCGGCCGUCCAACCGUAACGUUUACACGGCCGGGCGCACGGCGAGCGUCUCCGGCUUUCCGAUUGAAUCGCGUCCCGCGCACAACGCUAACACGCGCGCGAGCAGUGGCCGCGGCGCGGCUGCCCCGGUUUCCGCCGAACUCGUGCACUUCCCCGUUCCGCGGAUUCGCGUUUCCGUUAAAUCGUAAAAUUCCGUCGAUUCCCGUUAAUCGCGCCCGCGUAAAACCGAAUAAAAAUCGAAAAACAAAAGGACGGACACGCUUCGCGCGCGUGCGUGGCGGCCGCCGUCGCAGGUGGAAACCGGGAAGGUAGGACGCAGGAGGGAAUUGCACGUAUGUGCGUAAGCAACGAUAAACCAUCGCCCGGAAUACAUUUUCGCGUCGUGCCUUCCCGACUUUCCGCCUACGGCCGCGCGCACCCGUCAGAAAUUUCGGAUCCGUUUCAUUCCGCAGCAUUGUAAAUUACGGAAUUCUUUUGUACGCCGAUUCGCAAUCGUUUAACGGGAAAAUCGAAAUAAUUAUUCCGGCGCGCCUUCUCGCGCCCGAUUUUUUAAAUGGCCCGUCUAUCCGCGGAUUGUGAUUUGCGUAGCGUACCGUUUCGUUUUCCGGUCGAAUAAAAUUAUUUCGUACGACGGACGAGAGUUUUAAUCGAAUUCGCGAGCCCGGAGGCCGACCCGCGGUCGACCGUUUUCCGUUCAAUAUAAAACACGGUAAUCUGCGUAAUAUGAAUCCGUAGUAUUUUUUACAUAGUUUUCAGCGUUGUGCGCCGCAAAAUCGUUUAGCGUGUACGUUUACCGAGCGCUGUGCUCGGAACACGAGCAAAGGACGGCGGGAUCGUUAUUACUUGCACGGCAUCGGCCCGCUCACGAACAGGGUUCACGUUUUACAAUUUUAUUUUUUUUUUUCCAGACAGCCCCGUGUCACUGAUCGGCGGGACGCUGUUUUUAGGGGAGAACGUAUUAUGUCGGUGUCCCGGGGAGAUAUGACAAACACAACGGCUUUUGUUCCGUUUGAUAUUUUGAAGUUUUUUUUUUUUUUAUACAUAUAAACAAUAUACAAUCGUCAAAUUACAGCGCUUUGAUUUCUCUAUGUUACGUGUUUUUUUUUUCAAAUUAAAAAUAAAAAAAAUUUACAAUUUUUAAAGUAUUUUCUUUUUACAAUUUUCAAGAACGCCGUUUUCUAAAUUUAUUUUGAAAAAUACGAACAUACUUCGCUACUAACGAUAAACCAUUGCUCACUAAAACGAGUAGAUACUGAUGCUUUGUCAACAAUAUAUAUAUAUAUAUAAUAUACAUAUAUACAUGUCAUAUUUUGGGAAACUAUUUAAAUAGGCAUUGUAUAUUUUCUAUAAUAAUAUUUGUUUAAUAUUGUACCGAUUUUUCCUAUUUGCUGGAAAAAUUGCUUGGGAAAAUCCUGGAUACUUUGACAAAUACCUUCUCAGUCAGAUUUUCUAUCAGAAAAAGUUCUACCAUAGUAAGUCCGAGCAAAAUUCCUAGUAGAAAAGUUGUCCACAGAAUGAAAAACCAUAGUGUUUUACUAAUAGUAUACAUAUCGUAAGUUUUCCCGUUUUUCUUACUUUUUCUUUUUUAUUGAAAAAAAUUCCGGAAAAAUCAAAAAAUUACCUUUCUAAAAUAUCACCCCCAGAAAAUUGCCUUUCAGAUAAAGGUCUACAUUGUAUACACCGGUGUGAGAUUUCUGGUAGAUAAAAUGUGCGUUUCAAAAAAAAAAAAAAAAAAAAUAUUUGUAAUACCGCUACACUCAAAAUCUAAAAUGAUUGGCCAUACAGAUGUUGACUAAUUUUAAAUUCAAUAUUCUAUUGUUUUUGAUAUUUACAUUUAUAUCAUUAAAACAAAUAUUUUAGAUAGACAAAUUGGUCGUUCUAUUGAUAGUUAUUUAAUAGCGCUAAUGAAACAAUUUAAAUUAUCGUAAACUUUAAAACAUUUAAAAAAAUUAACCACUUAUUUUAUAAUUUCAUGUGUUCAUAUAAUAAACAAUUAACGUAUUUUAUUUCAAAACAAAAAUUAUCUCACACAUUUAGUGAAAAAUACAUUUUUCGUUGUAACUUAAAUAAAAACAUAAAUUGUACGGAUCAUAGGGGUCAAAAAGUUCUAGUAAUUAUAAUAAAAAUGAACACUUAAACGUAUUGAACAAAACAAAAUUUACUGCAUUUGUCAGCCUUCCGCGGAACGUUCUGUACCGAAUAACGUAAUUUAUAUCAGAAUAUUAUAACAAUAAUCAAUUGCUAACGAGAAACGAUUCUGGGCGAAAUAAUAUCAGUCGUGUUUCCCCUUCUUCAAAUCAAAAAUAACUUCUUCGAGGUGAUAAUGUUGUCAACAAUUUUACUCGAAAGUUCCCAUAAAGUUUUUGAUCGGGGAGAAAAAUCGUUUAGAAACACAAACAAGUUGGAGUAAUAAUAAAAAAAAAAAAAAAACACGUAUAAUACGUGAAAUGCAAUAUAAAAAAUAAUAAAAUAUAAAACAGCUAUAGCUAAAAUAUGCUCUAAAAAGCUGAAACUGUAAAACGCGGAAAAUAAAAUUUAGGAUUUAGAUUCUUUACGCGAUGAACAGUAUUUACGUUUAACUCUGUUAUUUUUUCUAAUCUUUCGAAAAUACAGAUUCAAAUGCCAGAAGUCCUUGACCCCGAUCAUAUUGCCGGACCAAUAUAGCCGCUUAUUAUUCAGAAGCGUUAAAAAAAAAAAAAAAAAAAAAAAAAAAAAAAAACGUUCAUUUUCAGAAAAACCACGGAAUUAUGCACUUUGAAUGUCGCGCGUUGUUCGAUAACUGCGAGUGCGUACGGCAGAGCUUCGCGACCGUAAAAUUAUAACGCGUUCAAGGCUCAACCGAUUAAUUAUUAUCAGCUGUUACGAAACGAAAAAAAAAAAUUAACAACGACACUCGAACGGUCGAUCGAACGUUUUUAAUUUAAUUUCGAAAACACAUAAAAGAAAAAAAAGAGACAAAAAAAAAACAAAAAACGAAAUCUCUUUGUUUUCGUUGUUGCGUUCGGCGUGUAGUUAAACGCGUACGGGACGCGCGGCGCGAACGCUAUUCGGACGUUCCGCGCGGUUUCUUUUUCCAUUCAAAUUGCGAUUCUCGUCGGUUUUAGGCACUGGCGUCCGACGCCGCCGUGACGCCCGUGCGCCGCGAACAAAUGCGACGCGACACGCGCCCGGUCGCCAGACUCGCCGAAACGUACCGAUAACAUUGCCGUUACGUUUCGCCGCGAACCCGCGGUAAUCUCGGUAGCGUCGCGGUACGCUGCGCGUUUUGUUGCCGCGGUCGUAAAUCGUCGCCGCGAUAACGCGUGACGCGCGCCCGUCAAACUAAAAAUAAACGUUAUUGAAAAUUAGAUUAAAAAAAAAAAAAAUUAAAAAAAAUUGUUAUUAUUAUCGUUAUUAGUGCGCUUCGCGACUUCGGCCCGUUACUGUGUAAACCCUCGAAAUCCGUUCGGCGGACGGACGGCCGACGCCCGCGGCGGUUUUUUUUUUUUUUUUGUACAAAACUGGAACCGCGCGGCGCGUACGCCCGGUAUUUCGCUCGUGAACGGCGGCAUUAUGUGAGACGCGCGCGACAGACCGCGUCCGCCGAACCGUUUCAAAUCCCUCCGGUUGACUCGAAACGACGCCGCGUGUAUCCGCGGACAACCGUUUCGAAUCGAACGCAACCACCCGGAGUUUCGACCGAACUAAAUUUAUAUACGCGUUUGGGUAUUCCGCCGGUCGGACUGUUAUCACGCGCAAUAUCAUUUGUUAAUUAAUAAUAACAAUCGGGGAACUUUAGCGUUGUCUUCGAAUGUUUUUUUUUUUUUUUUGUACAAAACUGGAACCGCAAGCGUCUACCCCGACACAAGCUUAGGCGUAUAGGGGUGGCGUUUUUAUGUACUUUGUUUAAAUAAAUAAACUUUUCAAAAAAAAAAAAACAAUAAAAGCGUAUCGUAACCGCGUUCGCUGUCGGGACAUAAUAACAGAACGUUUGUGCGUCGAUUCGAUAAUUUCCCAAACGGAACGGAACGAUUAUUGUUAAUACUAUUACGCGUACAGAGCGUGUCCGAGUCGGCGAAACAUUUGCGAGAUUUUAGAUUCUGAGCCAGCGGCUCACCUAGGAGUUUUCAGAGCACACGCUGGUAACAAAAGUAAACCCGUUCGUCCGUUUUUCUCAUGCGGGAGUCACGUACUCGUUACACGUUUCACAAGCAUACACCAGAAAACCUUUGGCGUUUCCUUUCAAAAUUAUUUUCGUAAAACGAUUCCUGUACGAGUACAAAAGUCUGUCGUUCAAACGUAAUUACGCAUUUGAACUGCAACGGUCUCCAACUCGAUACGAUAACCAAGAUCAGAGAGCAUAUUAUGCGGUUGCAGUACUUGGUAACGUGUCCGACCGUCACUGUUCCGAGAGAACCGGGGAUUCUAUUAGUUUUACUACCUACUUAAAUCGUCUUUGCCCGUGUCUGUAAACAACUCUUCCAUAUUAGUAAUCUUCCGCCAAUCAAUUGGUUUACGGGAACUUUUUUCAUGGCUAGUCGGUGCUUUGAAAAGGUAAUUGUUUUCGUCAGCGGAGUUUCCUAAAUAAACGUGAAACAAUUUUUGUUGCUUUUGAAAAACACGACUAACAAUGAAAUCUACUAGGAAACUUGUUUCGUUAAUAAUAGUUUAUUGUUGCGUACAGAUUUUAAUAUUAAACUAUACUCUAUAGCCUGUACACGGCAAUUAAUUUGACACACGAUACUCGUUAUUUAAGAGUUGACUUGUUUGGACAAAAAAAAAAAAAACGUUUUGACGAUUCCAGAAACAAGCAGAUCUGUAACGGUACAUUACCAUUAUAUUUUGUCGCCCUUAUUUUCGAGGAGGGCGGGACGACUACGCAAUUUUUUACUUCCAAACGAUAAUCUAUAUGGUAAAUAAAUGUAUAAAUACAAAAAUGAAUAUAUGCGUCGCCCGAUGGAGUAUUAUGAUAAGCGUAUUACACGACCGGUUUCGAAUUGAAAAUUCACCAUCGGGUAUAUACCACAGUCGAAAUGUAAAACGCUGCUGAACAUAAAAACAAAAUGAAGGAUUAUACAGACAAAAACAAAAUGUGCAAAUUAUGUCGUUUUACGUAGUUUUUUAAAUUAUUAAAUUUAUUUUAAUAGCAGAGGUUAUUUAAAAUGGGUUAUCAUCAGACAUAGAUAUGUAGAGAAAUGCAACAAUAACCAAAAUCGUUUGGUUAUUGUGUACAUGUAAUUCUUAAUAACUGAAUAACUGAAUUAAUUAUGUAAUGUGUAAUUAGAAUAAAUGUAAUUCUGCGCAUACACAAUGAUACAAAGAAACAUAAUUUAAAUGUACAAACCGAUUUUAAAAAUAAUUUCUUUUAUCAAUACAUUUUAGACAAUAAGUAUUGGCCUUUUUUCCCUCCGUCUGCAUUUCGCAUUCACCGGUUGCGGCCGUUCUAUCUCGUUGAGUUUCAGUAAAAUUGCCACAUUUUACGUUGCGUACACAGACAAGAGUUGUUUACAACUGAUCGUAUGAACAAUUUGUUUUUUUUCUUUUUUCAAUAUUAUCGUUUUUAUCGAAAAACUAGUAUUUCAAUGCAAUUUAUCUUAAUUCUAAUCAUUAAUAACAUAUUAGGAAAUUAAAAUACCGAUCAGGGCGUAAUGCGAUCGUAUUUUUAUUGCGUUCUUCACAGUAUAAUUUUCAAAACCUAUCAGCGCUAUGAUAUCACUGUGAUAUUUCGUAACGUUGCGUUAGUUUAAUGCGAAAAACGCAUAAUGUAUGCAUAUAUAUAUAUAUAUACUUAUUGUAUCGAAUGUGAGUACUACAAGCGUACUUAUAUCGAAUUAGAAAAUAAAAGGAUUUCGGUUAAUAAAACAUUUCGACACGAGUACACGUGCACGGGAAAAAACGCAUAAUAUAAUAUAAAUUAUUAUUAUUGUACGACAAGCGUGACGGGCGGUCGGGUUAUCGAGAAUCGCAUCUUUCCAAUAGGAAAAUAAAACAUACGUGGCGGCUGACGCAAUUGAAAGUUUUGUUUGUUCGCAGACAACAAGGCAGCAUGCGUAUCGUUAGGCAACGUUAAAACGACUAGAAAUCUCUAAUAGUCACGAAAAUAACUUGAGGUCGAUACGCAUUUUCACUAACUUGCCCACACUUGGUAUUAUUAACUGGAUUGAGUUGAGUAUACACGAGAGUGUUCGGUGGAAUCGACAAAAAUGAUUUGAGCUCGUUAAGUUAAAAUGGAAAAAAAAAAAAUAAUAAAAACUUCGACUCAACAUAAGUUUAUUUUUUAUUUUUUUUUUUUUUUUCCUAUGCGUGAUUAGCGCGAGUAUUGGACAUAGAGUAAUAGAAUAUAUCGUAUUCAUUUGUUUAGUUCGACGCCCGUGCGAAUUAACUGUACACAUUUAAAUUGACAAAACGAAAACUCGAUCCGAUCGCGUCGAGAACCACACAAACGCUAAACCCGACUAUAACUUUUUAACCGUCGGCCGCCGUUGAAAUCAAUUCGAAAACAGUGUAUAUAAUAAAAAAAAAAAAAAAAAAACAAAAAAAAAAUUCUAUAAUUUCACUCAAACCGAGAAGCGUUUGCGUAUGGUCCGGGGGAGGGGGGCGGGGAAAUUGUACGAUUGGUGGACGACAUUACCAUUUUGAUUGUGAACGCGGACGUUUUCGUUUAGAUCCUGCGGGCUCACUACAGCUACAAGACUCAACGGAUGAUGGGGCCGCAGUUGAGCCUCAUCGUGGACGUGGUCACCUACCUGAUACCCGGCAUAAUCGUGUUCAUAUUCGUCCCGUCGUACAUCAUAUCCUACUUCGAGGGAUGGACGUUCGACGAGAGCGUGUACUUCGCGUUCGUCACGUUGACCACCAUUGGCUACGGGGAUUACGUCGCCGGUAAAUAUCGCUAUCGUCGCGCGUCGUUAAUGUCGUGUACGCACUCGCGCGCCGCCCGUCCGUCCGCCGUGAAAACCCGCGGGUCCGUCCCGGCACGGCGUACGGACACCGCGGCCGCUCGCUCUUCGAUCCCGAAACGCCAACGUCGACGCGCGGGAUUCGCGGGUCGGCCGCGGCAAACGAAUACGGAACCCGUAGUUUUGCGUUGUCCGAUCGGUUUUGUCAACGGCGACGGACCGCCGCCCCCCCCUCCCCCCUCCCCGCCGAGAGCCCGAAUUCCCGGGAAACGACCGACAACCGAGCGCGGCGGUCGGGUUAAUGGAGAGGACGGAGAGAGGAUCGCGUUGAAUCGAAUCCAUUUUAUCGAUUACCGAAUGUAAACGCCGCGCCGGACUCGGCUGUUGGUUUCGUUGUAAACGCGAAUCCGUCGCUGUUCUAUAUACAUAUGCGUUAACGCCGUAUCGCGUUUCAGGGCAGACCGUCAACACCGACGUAUGGUACAACGCCUACAAGGUGUUCCUGGUGUGUUGGAUCAUGUUCGGACUGGGAUAUCUGUUCAUGAUACUCAGCUUCAUAUCCAGAGCGAUGCGGUCGAAAACACUCGAGCACCUGUUCCUGGAACGGCUCAAGCACACCCAUUCAAAAAUCUGGCACCAGUUCACCAAGGACGUCGUGUACAUCAGACGUGUACUCAACGAGUCGUAUUUGUUGAAGUUUAAGGUACUUGCACGCCCGCGGUGUCCACCGCAUCGUACACGUUUGCGUCUCCGACCCCCCCUCACCUCUCCCAACGAAUAACGCGCGAUUUCGCAUUUUCCAUUGUCGAUCGAGUGAUGGACACGCCGUAGUGAUUGUCGUAUCGAAAACCAAUUACCACCUCGCAAUAAAUAAGCAUCUCUACGACACGGACGUGGCCAAAAGUCGCGCGACAAACUCGCACGACACGGUUUUCAUAAAACCGUUGUGUUUUAUGUUAAGUAUGUUGUUUUUUUUAUAAACCUAGCUGUUGUUGUACGCAAACAAGAUAACGAUACCAGUGUUGCAACGUGACGCGACGGAAACGACGCGCAGGGAGAAACUGCGCCGCAACGCGCGUUCCGUACAAGACGGUAGGCGUCGCGCGACUUUUGGCCACCUCCGUAUCGAGUAAAUGCGACUUUCGGGGUUUCGCAUUUGCAUUAAACGGGUUUCAGACGAUCCGGGGUUGUUACGUCCCUGCUAGCCCUUUAACUGCGACACCGGCCGCGUGCUCGACACCUUGUCGGGAGAUAACGCAAUAUGAUAUUUUAGGUCGAAUAACGCAAACAAAACCGUGUCUUAUCGGUAUAUUUUACAAUGUCUCUCUUGUCGAUAAUCACGCCGUUGUCCGCUACAGCCGGUGUACAAGAAAGAGGCGUCUUCGUGCGGCCUACCGUUGCGCCGGAGUCGGAGCUCGCCGAACCUGACCGAGUGGCCGGUGCUCCGGAAGACGGUGCCAGUGCCGGCGGCCCAAGACGAGGACGAGGACGAGGACGCGGUCCGCCGGCGGUUCGAGAAGCACCGGAUGAAGCGCCGCCGGGCCCUGUCCCAGAACAGGAUGCGGUCGCUGCUCCGCCGGACCAAGGCCACGUCCGAGAUAGACCUGGCCCACAUUGACAAGGAAGCCACGUUCGGCGCGGACAUCGCUUCGUACGAGAUCCUGUCCCGGGUGGUCGACGCUCUGGAGACGGCCGUGCCCAACCAGCCGCCGACCGUACACAUGCAGCAGCAGCCCGUCGAGGACUCCGGAAAUUUCGUGAGUACAUACCCGGAACCGGUCUCGAAGUAACGGAACGCGUUUUUUUUUUUUUUUUUUAUCGGUGUCCGAUCACAAUAGCGCAAAACUAAUCGUGAAUGUAAAAAAUCGCGAAAAUAAAAAUAGCGGAUUUCAAAAAAAAAACAAAUAUCGAAAAUCACAAUAGCGAAAAUUUGGUAAAUCUUUUGAAAACGGCCAAUAUUGAUGUCACUGGGUUCAUUAGGUGUUUAGUGAUAAUAAUAAACUAAAAAAAAAAAAAAACAAAAAAAACACAAAACGAAACAAUUACCUAGGUAUUUAGUGACAAACUAUGUGCCGCACUUUUUACAAAGUUCUCGUUAUCGUGUUAGUAUUGAAAUUUGUAAUUGAUGUACAAGUUUCGCCGGUUCGCGUGAUCGAUUAUUUUAGAGUUCGCUAUUUUUAACUCUCGCCGUUAUUUGAUUCGUGGUGUUUUUCGCUUCGCUAUUUUGGCCUGGACCCGUUUUAUCUCGUUUACCAUUAACCGCCGUUUCGCCCACAGAACAAGAAAAAGGCGUACUCGUUCUCCGAGGGCGUGGAAGGGUUCUCAGCCGAGUACAUAUUGGCCAGCGAAAAGAACGAGUGGACCGUUGGCGGUGACAUGUUGAACCGAGAAAACACGUUUGCGUCGAAACACGGGAACUCCUAUUUCGAGUACGAUACGUGGGCCGGCGCAGAAGGCCGAAAUUACAAAAAGUCAGUAAAACACGAUUGUUUUUUCAGAUUAUGAUCGGCGUGAGAAACGUGUCGGUUUCGAAAUAACGUUUAUUUCUUAUUUUUUUUUUUCUCUGGACGUCUUUACUGCUGGCGAAUCCGCUCCGGUUUACAUGCACUUUUUGCUAAAAGGAAAUCUGACGGUACUUUAAAAGAAGGGCGUUUUUCGAUUUUACCGGGGGUCUAUAUAAUAAACGAGAAAAACCUAGGGAAAACGAAAACACGUACGAAACGUAUCAUUUUCAAUCCGUAAAUAUUACGGCCUUUUAAAACACGUGUUAAAUAUCGUUUUCCGUUGGCGGAGAUUCGCCGUCAUGCACGUCAAAAUUCCCAUCUAUACCCUAUCUUCCUGAUUGCUCACCUACAACACUGACCCACCCAUCGCGCGAAGUAUUUGCGUAUGUUUUUUUAAAUUUUUUUUCAUUCAUAGUAACAGCUGUGUAAACCGUUUAAUCCGUGACGAGCCGCGUACUAAUGCCGUUGGUUUUCGGUGCAGGUUCAACGAGUACCCGAAAAACGGCAACUGCGCCAAUUACGGUCAUCAUCAUCAGCACCAACAGCAGCAGCAGUCAAAAUCGCGGGUGCCAAAGUUGCGGCGCAUGUCGGCGGCGGCGUUCAAUUUCCUGUCGAACAACAUCGCUCCCAAGUGGUUGACCGACAGACUGGCCGACGGCGGCGGCGGCGGCAAUCGGACGGACAACCCGAAACACAGACUGUCGCUAAACGACGACCACGGUUACGGUUCCGGUUACGGGUCCACGUACAACGGCGCCACGGACCACAGGUACCCGAACGCGUACUACAACCACAGCCAUACGGUGCAGACGGGCCAAAACGGCUACCACGGCAGGCCGACCCCGAACCAACACGGUUACAAUCACAAUCUCACGGUACAGGACAAUCGCGGGUACCGGCCGGACCGUGGACGCCGGUACGACGGCAACCCGGCCGCGGCGGCGUACGCGCGGUCGCAGUUCGCCUCGACAACGGCGGCGGCGCAGGAACCGCGCAACCGCCGGCAAUCCAGCCCGGAUCCGGUGCUCACGCACUGCGCCAACACCAUAGCCGUGGCCGACUUCCUGAUGACGUUGCAACGGUCGCUGGACAACUCGUCGGUCUCGAUGCAACCGCACAGCGCCGUGGCGCGACGACAAGAACGCCGGUCGCCGUUGUACACGCUGUUCCAAGACAGACGGGGCUCGUCGUCCGCCGAGUCGUGGCAGUACUCCUCGAUGGCGUCCACGGUAUCGUCGUCCACCAACGUCGGCGUCGGCGUCGGCGGCGAAAACACUGCCGCGCCCCCGUUGUCGUCAACGGCACAACUGCUAUCGGCGCCGGCAAGUAUCGCGAACACGGUGACUAUAAUAUUGUUUUAAUUUUAGAGUUUUCUAAGGUCCUCGGGCCGUUCGUCGGCGCAGGGUACAAAAAUCGCGACGUUCACUCAAACAUCUCCGAACGCGCGAUGUGUUAAUGUUCCCCCUUUUUCGGAACGGUUCGACAUUCGCGUAGUCCCUGUCGAUCGUUACACGACGCUAUAACAACGCUAUGAGACAUCUAUACGGCCCGUGUAACGUUUAUAAAAAUGCGCUAAAAAUACCGAAAUACGCGUUUGGAAAAAAAAAAAAAAAACACAAAGUCUUGACGGUGUUUCGUUUAAAAGGGCGCGUGCCACCGAAAAUCGAAAAGUGUAGCUCUCUCCGAUUCCUUUUAUGGUGUCGGAAAAUCAGAAAAAUUAGAAACGUGGCAAAGCUGGUAAUUGGGCGUAUUUGAAUACGGAAAAUUCAGUUGUUCGAGUCGACUGAAAAAUAUCCACGCGCCUUUUUUGAAAUAGAAUAUUAAAUAAACACCGACUUUUUUUAAAAGGACAUGUUACAAUGAAUGUAUUUGCGUACAAGAUAUUAGUGUACGAGUAAUUUUAUUGAUUUCCACGAUAAAAAUCAUUAAAUUUUCCUCCUGAAAAAAAAAAAAUAAGCGGAAUUCGACAGACGCCCUUUUUAAUGAAACACCGUCGAUAGGCACUGAGAAUCCGCACGACCGCCAAAAUGAUCAAAACGAAAUGUAGCGUACAGAAUCGUUGGGUCCUGAGACGUUGGCGGUAGGAAUACGGGCGCCCACGAAUCGCCUCCGAUCUGACUCGCGAAUCGAAUCGCGUCCCGAUUUAAAAAAUUCCGUUCACUUGAAUCGUCCACUAUAAGAGGUCAGCGACCCUCUUGUACUCGAACCGUCUCCGAUAGUUAUAAUUAACCGAUUUCCAACUUGACAUUAUGGGAAAUAUUAAUGAAUUAAAUUCAAAAUCGACGUUGAAUUGAUUUAAUGUUAAUUAAGAUUAAUAAAUAAUAACGAUUUCUUUUUGUAUGCAUUUCGGAAUCAGUUCCGUUAAACGUUUUAGAUUCGGAGAGUAGCGAGGAAUAUAAUGGUUUUAACAAUGGUGUUUAUUUUUUUUUUCGUCUUCGAACAGCUUGUCUACCAGAGAACUCGCUCUGUUAUUCAAGUGUCCUACGUUUUCCGAAAGGAAAUCUUAUCCGGGUGGUACUUUAGAGAUGUAAUUAUUUUAUUGUUUUCACGGUUUUCAAUAAUCUUUUUUCAAAAUCCCGAGAUGAUUCGGAAACGUCAAUACGUCAAAACGUCAUAAACGCCACCCGUCUUCGGACUUUUCGAAAAUAACAAAAUGAAAAGAAUAAUUGAAACACGAAUAUUUUCAGUCCUUAUCCAUAUGAGUGACACAUUUAUAACGAAAAAAAAAAAAUAAUAAUAAAAAUAAAAACCAAAUCUUCCUCGUCGUGUUCUCCGGAGACAUUCUGACGGGUACAUGUUCGGGUGCGCGUACAACUCGUGUCGACCCUGUGCUAUAACCAUCGCCCCGGGCCGAUUAACAGCUAUCCGUUACUCGUGUCCACAGGUCCUGCUUCAAGAUCCGGGGGCGGCGGCGGCAACGUUGAACGUCCGACCGGAGACGAAGCGUCCCAAGAAGAAGCGGAUCAGGCGGUUCUCGAUAAGGCCCACGGCGGGCGCGCAGCACGCGGAGCCCGAACGCGGCGGCCGGACCGCGACGACGACGACGACGACGACGACCGGCGGCAAAGACGUCCGUUUGGACAUCGAAGACUGA